AUGGAUCAAGUUGAUAAUCAACCACGUCGUGGAGGAUGCAUGAAAUUUCUCGGUGAAUAUAAAGCACUUCUUGUUAAAAUGCUUAUCUUGACCAAACGUAAGCGCAAACAAACUAUAGCAGAAUUUCUUCUUGCAUAUGUAUUUGUGGCUCUUUUACUUGGUAUGCGCUAUCUUCUUGAUCGUGAUCAUAAUGGUCUUCGUCAAAUACCACCAUUACGACAAUUACCAGAAUUUCGUCCAUUUGAUACAAUGUUAAGUAAUAGUACAACAGCUAAUAUGACAUAUUAUUAUCCAAACAAUCCAUGUACAACUGCUAUUGUAACAACUGCUGUUAAUAAUUUAGUACAACAUGUCUCUGGUUUUCCUAAUGGAACUCAAGUUAUUCCAGAUUCGACUAUUUCAUCAUUAACAGACGCACAAGUACAAUCAAUAUUUGCAUAUAUUUAUUUUACUAAUAUUAAUUCAUCAUGUACUAAUCCAUCAUCAAUGCCUGAUCAAAUUCAAUACACAUUACGAAUGCAAGAAAAUGGUCUUAACUUUUAUUAUGCUCAAAGUGUAAAGCCUGCUAAAAAAGAUAUUUUAUGGAAACAUGCACCUGAAGAGUAUUGUCAAGAGAAUAGAACGAUGGUUAAUUAUACAACUCAAUUUUUAGGUGUUCAAUAUUUUAUUGAUUUAUCAAUAAUUGAAUAUGUAACAAAUAUUACUCCGAGUGAAUCAAGUGUUUAUAUGAAUCAUUUCGAAUGUCCAGAUGUUUAUGUAGAUCAACUUCAUUCUGGUUUUAAUUUCUUUGUUCCAUUAUUUUUUUCUAUUAUUUAUCUUGUUACAUUCGUUUUAAAUCUUGGAUAUAUUGUAGAAGAACGUGCAAACAAAACUAAAGAAUAUUUACGUAUAUUUGGUCUUCGUACUUGGGUGAAUAAUCUUGUUUGGAUAACUCGAUCGAUGUUUAUUUAUUUCAUAUUAACUUGUAUUACAACUGCAUUGACUAUGAUUGUUUUUAAAAGUUCAGGAACGAAAUGGAAUAGUGUUAGUAGAGCUGUUUUUAAUUAUACACAUUGGACAUUAGUUUGGACAGUUCUAUUUGUUUAUGCAAUUCAAGUAUCAACAUUUGCUGUUUUCUUCGGACAAUUUUUUAAACGAGCUUUACUUGCGAAAUUACUUGGUGUUGUUCUUUGGAUAAUUACAUUUAUUGAUUUUUAUUCUAAUGCAUCAGUUGGUGUUCGAUAUUUUUUAUGUCUAUUUCCAAAUGCUGGACUUUUAUUCUGUCUACAAGUUAUACAACAAUAUGAACGUCGAAGUAGGGGUAUGACAACGUAUAAAGACCUUUAUUCAAAUAUAUUUGAUUAUCCAUUAUAUAUUGGUAUUUGUCUGCUAUUAAUGUUAAUUUAUUCGAUUAUUUAUAUGUUGCUGGCUGUAUAUGUUGAACGAAUAAAUCCAGGAGAAUUUGGUGUUUCACAACCAUGGAAUUAUUUAUUUAAAAAAUCUUACUGGACAUCAUCAACAGUACGACCAUCGGAUGUAGAAAAUAAUUUAGAUAUAGUUAAUGAUAGAUCAUCGAAUGCAAAUCAUUGGAUUGAAUUAAAUACUAUUGGAAAAAAGAAAACUCCAGCUAUGUCAAUUGAUCAUUUAAAUAAAAAAUUUGGAAAAUUUCAAGCUGUUUCAAAUCUUUCAUUAGACUUUUAUGAAGGUGAAGUAUGUACAUUAUUAGGACAUAAUGGUGCUGGAAAAACAACGACAACAUUUAUUCUUGUUGGAAUGUUGGAACCUACAUCUGGUCAGGUAACGAUUCAAGGAAUGAAUAAUCAAUCACAAAUUGAAGAAGUUCGACAUUAUCUUGGUUUUUGUCCACAAUAUGAUAUUCUUUAUGAUGAAUUAUCUGUUGAAGAACAUUUGGAAUUAAUUGCUAAGAUGCGUCAUAUGAAUAAAAAAUUCAUGAAAGAAUCAAUUGAAACUAUUCUUCAAUUAAUCGGUUUAACAAAUGAUCGAAAUACAUGUUCAAAAGAUUUAUCCGGUGGAAUGAAACGUCGAUUAUCAAUAGGAAUAUCUUUAAUUAAUAAUCCAAAAGUUGUUAUUCUAGAUGAACCAACGAGUGGUAUUGAUCCAUACAAUCGUCGACUUAUUUGGACUAUAAUAAGAAAAUUAAAAUUAGCAGGAAAAUGUGUAUUAUUAACAACACACUUUCUUGAAGAAGCUGAUGUUUUAUCUGAUCGAAUAGCUAUUAUGAGUCGAGGUCGAUUACAAGCGAAUGGAACACCUGAUUUUCUCAAACAACAAACAGAAUUUGAAUAUCGAUUAUUAAUGGAUAAACAAGAUCAUUGUUCAAGUGAACGUGUUACUCAAUUUAUUCAAGAACAUGUUCGUAAUAUUGUCUUAGAACGUGAAUCAGCAGCUGAACUUGUCUAUGGAAUAAAACGUGGUGAAUCAAAACAAAUCGAACAUUUAAUCACUUCACUUGAUCAAGAAAAACAAACAAUUGGAAUUAAUUCUUAUGGCUUGUCAAUGACAACUAUUGAAGAUGUAUUUCUUCGAUUAGUUGUUGAAGAUGAAGAAGAAGAACAUGGAAAUGUAAAAUUUCAAAUCGAUGAUCAAGUUUUUCGUAAGCAAUAUGAACGUAUUAGUGGUAUUCGUUUAUUCUGGACACGUGUUCGCGCAUUAUUAAUCAAACGUUUACAUGUUUCUCGUCGACAAAUUAGUUUAUUCUUAGGGUUUUUUCUACUCUCAAUAUUAGUUCAAAUUCUAACUGUUGCUGCUGUACCAACACCACAACAAAUUCAAUCAACACUUAUGAAUCUUGUACAUGUAUCUGAUGCUCAAGUAACUUUAAUUCCAUCGAUUUAUAAUCCUCAAACAAUAGUUACAUAUGCAGAUAAUAAUGUUCAAACACGACUUAUGAAUUAUUUAACAAAUACAAAUGCUGCUAUUGAAAACAUUUCAAAUGAUACUGUUCUUACUUACGUUCAAGAUAGAUAUACUGUAUCUGAAGAUAUUUUUAUGAAUAAAUAUCAAAUAGGUUUUGCUGCAUAUAAUAAUGGAACUUCCGUAUCACCUGCAUUACAAAUGAAAGCUUAUUUUUCAACAGUUAAUUAUCAUGCAAUGCCGAUAAGUUUAAGUGUUGCUACAACAAAUCUUUUUCAAUUUUAUGCUAAUUCAACAUCAAAACGUAUUAUCACAACAAAUCAACCAAUUAUAACAUCAACAACAACUGGAUCCUAUAUUGCUGAAGUUCUUUCCGUUCUUUAUUGUUUCGAAGUAUUUCCGAUAUCAUUAUUUAGUUUUCUAAAUUGUAUUAUAGCAACAAUAUUUAUUGGUAUUCUUCUAUUAUCAAUCAUAACAGAACGUUUAAAUCAUUCCAAAGAUCUACAAUUAUUAACAAAUUUAACUAAACGUACAUAUUGGUUUGCAAAUUGGCUGUUUGAUUUUACCUUAUGUUUUAUUCUAAUUGCCUUAUUAACUAUUAUUGUUAAAAUUGGUGCUGAAGCAAAUUCAAAUAGUGAUGCUGAAGUUCGUGUUUUUCGAGAAUCAGCAGCAAUGGGUUAUUUUUUUCUCAUGUUUUUCAUGUAUAUAUUAGCAUCAAUACCAUUUGUUUAUGUUUUUUCAUUUAUUCCAAAAACAUCGAUUAUGGGUUUUACAAAUUUCUUUAUUCUCAAUGUUAUUAUAUGUAUUAUUGAUGCAGUUGCUAAUUCAUUUACAGUUUUUACUAAAAAUGAUAACCCAUCAGCAGGUCCAACGAAAUCUUUUAAAACAGUUACUAACCUUCAAUGGUUAUUUUCUAUUUUAUUACCAACAAUUAAUUUAAAACAUGCCAUUUCUAAUCUUCUAUUACAUUCUAAUAAUGUAUGUAUAACUAUAUCAAAUAAAAUGGUUGGAACUAAAUUAGCAACAAAUGCACCAUGGAUGUCAAAAGAAAGACCUGGUGUUGGUGCACAAUUUAUUAUAUUUAUUGCACAAAUGCUAUUUUGGUGGUUUGUUUUAUCAAUUAUUGAAAGUCGUCUUAGAAUUAGACAAGCUUGGCAACGGUGUUUUCGAAAAGAUGAUUCAGUGACAACAGAUCAAUGGAAUGAUUCGCAUUUAGAUGAAGAUGUACGACGAGAACGUGAAUCGAUUUUACAAGAUAAUGAAACAACGAAAUCAUCAGUUAUUCUUGUUCGUGAUCUUAUAAAACAAUUUAAAAAACGAAAAUCAAUAUAUACAGCUGUUGAUCAUCUUAAUUUUCAUGUACAUAAACGAGCAUGUUUUGGCUUAUUAGGAGCAAAUGGUGCAGGCAAAACAACAACAUUUCGAAUGUUAGUCAAUGAUAUUAAACCAACAUCAGGAAAUCUAAUUAUCAACGGAAAAAAUAUCAACCAAAUGACACGAGAUUUAGAAAUUGGUUUUUGUCCACAAUUUGACUGGCUUGUAAACGAUUUAAGUGUAUUAGAAACAUUGAUUCUAUUUGCUCGAUUAAAAGGUGUUAAUGGUACAGAAAUAUCAGAAAUGUGUCAAAAUAUUAUGAAUAUCUUUGGUCUUGAAAUGUAUGAAAAACGAGCCGUACAAAAAUUAAGUGGUGGUAAUAAACGAAAAGUUAGUGCAGCUUUGGCUUUUAUGGCUAAUCCAGCUUUAGUAUUUUUGGAUGAACCAACAACGGGUUUGGAUGCAGCAGCUAAACGAAAAUUUUGGAAAGUUAUUCGAGCUGCACGUGAUGUUGGUUUGACAAUUAUUAUGACUAGUCAUAGUAUGGAAGAAUGUGAAGCAUUAUGUACUAAAAUUGGUAUUAUGAAAACUGGGCAAUUCAUGUGUCUUGGUAGUCUUCAACAUUUAAGAAAUCGUUUUAGUACUGGUUAUGCUGUACAAGUAAAAGUAGCUAUUGAUGAUGUUGAGAAAAUUAAAGAAGAUUUAAUAUCAAAUCUACCAGGAAUUGAAAUUCAAGCUCAACAUAAUGAAAUGCUUUUUUGUAAUAUUCCUUUUUCAAAUGAUAACAAUCAAAUGCAAUUAUCUUUUAAUUUGGGUCAUGUAUUUGGGACAUUAAAUUCAAGAAAAGAACAAAAAUUAAUUGAAUCUUAUUCAGUUACACAAACAACACUUGAACAAAUAUUUGUUCAACUUGCUGGCGAAGAUGAAGAUGCAGAACCAUCACCGAAUCAAGUGCCAAAUACAAAUCAAAGUAAAUAA